AUGGAAGGGGUGGGCAGCGACUACCCCGCCAUUGCCCGGCGCACCAACCGAAGCGUCCUGGAGUUGACCCAUUACCUGGGCGGGCUGUUCGACCAGCGCCGGCGGCACCCGCGGGCCGAUCUGAUCAGCGAUCUGAUCGCGGUCGAGGCCGGGGGGGACCGGCUCAGCCAGGCCGAGCUGUUCGGCAUCUGCUCUUUCUGCUGGAGGCCGGCCACGAAACCACCACCGGCCUGA